CAUCAGGCGACAAUGAUUAUUUAGUUAUGUUAAUGAGCUCGCUCUCUCUCUCUCUCCCGGUUGCUAUGACACAGGGCUCCUUGGUAACAAGGCCCGGGAAUGCAGAAAAGCCUCGGCCGAGUGUGACCGUGUCUGUACACAGUGAUUGUCGGGAUCUGAUAACGGAGGGGAAGGCCUGGACACGUUUCCUAGAAAUGUAACUGUUGUUCAAGAGGUGUACUAUGGAUAAGACACUAGAGAUGCGCCCUAGUACUCCAAGCGUCAGGGUAAUAGAUUUGGGCUGGCAAGGAUCACUAAACCCAAGCCCUUUGGACGACAAUGAAGACGAAGGCCUGGUAGAUGAGUACCUGUCCCCGGCCAGACUGAAAACACUUACCGGAGCUGAUGACCUGAAGGACGUUACAAGCCUCCAGAUGUGUGUGGACACUAGGGAUCACACCUUGGGGAAUUUUGGUGAGGGAUGCUUUCUAGGUACAUACAUGCCAAACCUUAGACAACUAAAACUGAAUAAUAGUGUCAUAUUGUCAAUAAGAGAUCUCGGCACCUCUCUGUCAAAUCUGCAAGUGCUUUGGUUGGCACGCUGCUGUCUCACAGACCUUGAUGGCAUAGCCUCCUUCUUUUCCCUUAAGGAACUUUAUCUGGCUUACAAUGAUCUCAGAGACCUCAGUCAAGUGAGCAUGCUGGAAAAUCUGGAGGUCCUUGACCUUGAAGGUAACAACAUCGACCAGAUAAGUGAAUUGCAGUACCUAGCACUGUGCAGCAAUCUAACAACCCUCACCAUAGAAGGCAAUCCUGUGUGUGGGCGACCUAGUCCUGAAGGCACCACGCCUGCAGACUACAAUUAUCGGGUCGUGAUAAAAAAGAUAAUCCCUCAAAUACAAUAUUUAGAUGAUGCGCCAGCAGACCAAAUAAACCCAACUACACCUCACACUCCAUCAGAAGACUGGUUGAUGGUAAAGGACCUAAUCAAGGAAAGUGUCGGGAGCCAGGCGGAUACAUCUUUGGAUGGUUCACUUCAAGACUUGGGAAGGGCCCUACGAAAGGAAAACAUUAGACCCAGUACUGCCCAGCCAGGGGUCACCAGAAGACCACAAUCUGCACUGAGGCCUUCAAGUGCAGGGAGGGCGAUUUCCAGCUCACAUGGCAGAAGAGCAAGUCUUCUAUCUGAAUCCCCGGCGAAUGACCCAGCAGAUGAUGAAGCCAGUGACCUCACUCAUGGCAUUGGUAAAGUCAUCUGUGGGAAUCCAAUAAAGGCUCUUCGGACAAGAAAGGAAAAAAUGGGGUUAAUGCCUCUGGACAAUCUCCAGUCACAGGGACACAAACCUGAGCCGGAUGCAGUGGUGUCUACCCACAAAGAUCGUGAUGAUUUGUUUGCAGAGUUGAAAGCCUGGAGAGCAAAUCACAAUGAGCAAUUGAAGCGGAUUCAGGAUCAACGUGCUCCUCAGGUUCUCGUUAUAACACAUAGUGAUGAAGAGGAAGAGGACAGCUUGUCUUCUAGCAGUGAAGAUGUAGACCUAGAAGACUCCUGGGAUUCACAGUGUCCUGUAAGAGUCACUCCAGAUACUUCAAGCCCAUCACCUCGGUCACCUGCAAGCCAGCUUGGAGAGAUGAAUUUGCAGGAUGUUCCACUUCAGCCAUCCCCUCCUAUUACGCCAUGUCCACCUUCUUCCGCCACUGGAAAUUCGCGCCUAAACAAAGGAGCAGAUAUACGAGCCAGACGUUUACUCCAAAGUAACAGUCAGAUUAAAAGCCUUACCCCAAGGGCAGUGGAAGCAAAUACAUACUUGGCAGAUGAAGCAUUCUUGCUUACUGAUGACAGAAGCAUUAGGACUCUGGUCAUGGAAGGUGGAAGGCCAGGUUCUGGAUACUCAUCAGCAGCUUAUAUAUCCUCCAGGUCUAUGUUAGAAAGAAAUAGUCCUACAUUCAAUACCUCCCAUCAACCAGUCAUCCGUUCCAUUAGUAAAAUGCCAGAGAGACCUUCGCCACCACAUACUAUUCGACCUGUUACAUCAAAGGGCAUCCUGCAAAGAUUGCCGAAUAGACCAACCCUUCUAACAGCCAGCAAGACUUCAAACACAUAGGAUAGCAUAUGAGGAUGGGGAAAGGUGGUAACUUCCCUUUGCUGGCCACAGAAUCUCGCUGUUGUAUUGGCAUAUUUAUCAUGAUAUGGGAAUGUGUAUAAAAACAAGAAGAGGAAGAAUCCACAAUAGAGGAACUUUGUUUCUUCCAAAUGAAUGCAAUAACAAUAUUAAGUGAUGAUUAGUAAUGAUCUUCCAAGAAAAAUGCUCUUAGGUUGGCUUAUUUGUUUCACCUGUUGCACUAAAAGACAUUAUUAGCCUUCGUAUGGGAAACUGCAAUACCACAAUAAGAAAUAUUAAUGCUUUAUGGAAUGUUAACUAUGUGGAAUUUUGUACAUAUUGAAUUGUUGAUCAUGCACGGGCACCGCCUCCCCUAUCCAUGCAUCCGUCCCCCUGAUCUACAUAUCAGGACACCGGACCAUGGAUUCCAAUGCGGGGUGGGUGUUUUUUGAAAGCACCUGAGUAAAGCCAGAGGCUCUUAUAAGCUUAAAAAAAAGGGUGGGCUCAAACCACAGAGCAUUGCGCUCCAAGCCCACCCAGUUGUGUGACGAUAGCGAUUGAA